GUUAUUUCGGCGGAACCUGAGCGAGCGGGGCUUGUCUCUGCGUCAGAGAAAGUUCCCUUAUCGAUUGGCUGCUCCCCGUGCAACGAGGAGGCGUAUAAAAUAGACACUUUUAAGGAAUUUCACAGACAUUUAGUAGGUUGCACGGCGCGGAGGCUCCCCGAACGAUUCUUCCGUCAAAUUUUUUUGUGUGUCAAUCUCGAGCGAGGAACAUGCAGAGCUGCGCGAGAUCCUGGCGUGUUGUCAUCGGCAGGUCGAUCAACGCUCGCGCGCCGUACACGAAUAUCAGCAAAGAAGGGGGUGUUUUUAAGAAACUUCGAGGUUUAAACGCAGACGUGUCUGCAAAUGUGCGCUGCGUGGGCACCUCGCAAGUUUUGUGGUCUAGGAAGAUUGAACGAAUUUUGCCGAGACACGAUGAUUUUUCUGAGAGACACAUCGGACCGGGUGACAAAGAAAAAAGAGAGAUGCUCAAUACCCUUGGACUUGAGUCAGUGGCUCAGCUUAUCGAAAACACAAUCCCCGCAUCCAUCCGCCUGGGAAGAAGUUUGAAAAUGGACGAUCCUGUGUGUGAGAAUGAAAUUCUUGAUUCGCUUCAAAAGAUCGCGUCGAAGAACAAGAUGUGGAGGUCCUAUAUUGGAAUGGGUUAUUAUAACUGCUCUGUCCCACCAGUGAUACAAAGAAAUCUGCUUGAGAAUUCGGGAUGGGUGACCCAGUACACCCCCUACCAGCCUGAGGUCUCUCAGGGUCGUCUGGAGAGCCUGCUGAACUAUCAGACCAUGGUCUGUGACAUCACGGGAAUGGCAGUAGCUAAUGCAUCGCUGCUGGAUGAGGGUACUGCUGCCGCUGAGGCCAUGCAGCUCUGCAACAGGCAAAACAAAAGAAGAAUGUUCUACAUUGACCCACGCUGCCAUCCACAGACUAUUGCAGUUGUGCAAACCAGAGCCAAUUAUAUUGGUGUGAAGACUGUUCUCAAGCUUCCUCAUGAGAUGGACUUCAGUGGGAAAGAUGUUAGCGGUGUGCUCUUCCAGUAUCCAGACACUGAAGGCAGAGUGGAGGAUUUCACCGCACUUGUUGAUCGGGCUCACAAGGGUGGUGCACUGGCUUGCUGUGCCACAGACUUGCUGGCACUCUGUGUGUUGCGUCCUCCGGGUGAGUUUGGGGUUGACAUCGCCUUGGGCAGCUCACAGCGCUUCCGGGUGCCUCUCUGCUAUGGUGGGCCUCAUGCUGCAUUCUUUGCGGUCAAAGAAAAUCUGGUCAGGAUGAUGCCAGGGAGGAUGGUGGGAGUGACUAGAGAUGCAGCUGGUAAAGAGGUUUAUCGUCUGGCUCUCCAGACCAGAGAGCAGCACAUUCGCAGGGACAAAGCUACUAGCAACAUCUGCACUGCCCAGGCUCUUCUUGCAAACAUGGCCUCCAUGUUUGCGUUGUAUCAUGGACCUCAAGGACUGAGGCACAUUGCAGAGAGAACCCAUAAUGCAACGCUGAUUCUCGCUGAAGGGCUGAAAAGAGCUGGGCACAAACUCCAACAUGAGAACUUCUUUGACACGCUGAAGAUCAACUGUGGUGUGGCUGGCAAGGACAUCUUGGAAAAAGCUAUGCAGCGGCAGAUCAACCUACGGGUCUACAGUGAUGGACUGCUCGGAGUCUCUCUGGAUGAAACCGUCACUGAGAGAGACUUGGAUGAUCUGCUCUGGAUCUUCGGUUGUGAGUCCUCAGCUGAGCUUAUUGCUGAGAAAAUGAGCGAGCGGACGAAAGGACUGCUGGCAAGCCCUUUCAAGAGAACUAGCAAGUUUCUUGCGCACCCUGUGUUUAACAGCUAUCACUCAGAGACCAAUAUUGUACGUUACAUGAAGCGCCUGGAAAAUAAAGAUAUUUCCCUCGUGCACAGUAUGAUUCCUUUGGGUUCAUGCACGAUGAAGCUGAACAGUUCUUCAGAGCUCAUGCCAAUCACCUGGACGGAAUUUGCAAAUAUUCACCCUUUCGUGCCACUGGAACAGGCCGAAGGUUAUCAGCAGCUCUUCAGACAGCUAGAAAGAGACCUUUGUGAGAUUACAGGAUAUGAUAAGAUCUCCUUUCAACCAAAUAGUGGCGCGCAGGGGGAAUAUGCAGGCUUGGCUGCAAUCAAAGCCUAUCUAAAUUCCAAAGGAGAAUCUCACAGAACAGUUUGUCUGAUUCCCAAAUCUGCUCAUGGAACAAACCCUGCCAGUGCUCAGAUGGCAGGCAUGAAGGUUCAGGUGGUGGAGGUGGACAAAGAUGGCAACAUCGACGUUGCUCACCUUAAAGCCAUGGUGGACAAACAUAAGGCCAACUUGGCUGCCAUUAUGAUCACAUACCCCUCCACUAACGGUGUGUUUGAGGAGAACGUGAGUGAAGUGUGUGAGCUCAUCCAUCAGAACGGAGGACAGGUGUACCUGGACGGUGCCAACAUGAAUGCACAGGUCGGAUUAUGUCGACCAGGGGACUAUGGCUCGGAUGUAUCUCACUUGAAUCUCCAUAAAACCUUCUGCAUUCCUCACGGUGGUGGUGGCCCUGGAAUGGGACCGAUAGGAGUGAAACAGCAUCUUGCCCCCUUCCUGCCCAGUCAUCCAGUGGUGAACAUGCAGCCUAGUAAUGCAGGAAGUUCUUUGGGCACCAUAAGUGCUGCUCCCUGGGGCUCCAGCGCCAUCCUGCCCAUCUCAUGGGCUUACAUUAAGAUGAUGGGUUCAAAGGGUCUUGUUCACGCUACAGAGGUGGCCAUCCUUAACGCCAAUUACAUGGCUAAAAGACUGGAAAACCAAUACAAAAUUCUUUUCAGGGGCUCUAAAGGAUUUGUUGCUCAUGAGUUUAUUUUGGAUGUGCGGCCUUUUAAAAAAUCAGCAAACAUCGAGGCAGUUGACGUAGCAAAACGAUUGCAAGAUUACGGUUUUCAUGCACCGACCAUGUCGUGGCCCGUGGCUGGAACUCUGAUGAUCGAACCCACAGAGUCUGAAGACAAGGCUGAGCUUGACCGCUUCUGUGACUCGUUGCUGGCCAUCCGACAGGAAAUCGCAGACAUCGAAGAGGGCCGGAUGGACUCGAGGGUUAAUCCUCUCAAGAUGGCUCCUCACUCACUGGCCUGUAUUACCUCUACCACAUGGGACAGACCUUACUCCAGAGAGUAUGCUGCUUUCCCCAUGCCUUUCGUGAGACCUGAGACCAAGUUCUGGCCCACAAUUUCAAGGAUUGAUGACAUCUAUGGAGACCAACAUCUCGUCUGCACCUGUCCACCCAUGGACGUCUACGAGUCUCCAUAUGAGGAAAGGGCUUCUUCGUGACCUUCUUACUCAAUGAAAUGCUACGUCAUCCAAAUGAAACAUUCCCAUCAUAUAUGAUCACUUAUUCUUUCCUGUGAUUACAGUCUCUACGGUACGUUCAUGGUGCCUCAGAUUUCCGUUCGCAUACAAUGCACAUAGCUGGCCUCUCCUCCUGUUACUUUACUAAAACAAUCCAAAUCUGAUUCAGAUACUGUAAUCGACCUGUAUAGGGGUUGUUUGUUGUUUUCUUUUUAUAUUUUUAUUCACUGUAUAAAAAAUAUUUGGGUGUCUUGGUCUGUUUUGUAGGCAUAACUUACUGGCACUGUUCAAUGUUAACGUUAAUUUUAUAGAUGUAAUGUAUGUUUUCUAAUUAUUUAAGGAUUAGAGCCUGUUUGUAGCAAUUUAAUAAAUAUUUUAAACGAA